AUGAGUUCCUGGCUCAACGAGGCCGCUGUCCCCAAUCACAAUGGCAACGGCUUCCCUCACAUUAACGACCCCUCCGCAGUUGCCGGGGCCAUGAUGGAUCCUUCCGGAUUCAUGGGCAAUCCUGCCCAAUUCAACGCCCAGUUCGCUAACCCCCAGCAAAUGGUCAUGCCCAACGGGCCCAUGCGCAAUGCGUCGCCCUCGUUCGCGAACCCCAUGUAUCAAACCAACUCCGUUGUUCCGUCGAAGCGACCGAGGCCGAUGGAGGAUGGCAUGAGCCAGUCACCGCGUCCGGCACCAGGCAUGUUGCCGACGUCGCGCGCCGAAACGCCCCAGCAGUCAGCGUUCCCCGGUUUCCAACAACCCGGCAUAUCGCAACAAUCGACCGGUCAACCGUCGCCGUAUCCACACCUCCAGCCCAACGGUUCGACGAACGCGACGCCGUCCCCCAUUAUGGCGAACCAGAUGCGCCCCGGCAGCAUUCCCCAGAGGGUCGCGUCUUCCUCACCACAUCCGUUCUCGCCGGCCGCGCAACAGUUUCCACAAGCAUCCCCCAUCACGUCCGACCACGGUGGUACGCCACAGGCCUUCAUGCAGCAGAACACCUUUCCGCAUAGCUUCAACCCUCAGUUCACAGCAGCCGCACAGUCUCCUGCGAGGCCCUCUCCCUCGCCCAACCCAAUGGCCGGCCAGAUGAUGCCGCAGCAAAUGGGCCAGAUGCAGAUGGGACAAUUUCCGCAGCAGAUGCAGCAGUUGGGUCCACUGGCGGGACAGAUGCCUGGGCAGAUGCCCGGUCAAAUGGCAGGGCAGAUGAUGUCCGGACAGAUGACUGGACAAUUACCGGGGCAAACGCAGGGACAAAUGGGCGGGCAGAUGACUGGACCGAUGGCCGGCCAGAUGCCAAACAUGAUGUUUCCGCAGCAGAUGGGACAGAUGGGACAGAUGGCGCAGCCCAGGAACGCUCUCGAGCAGCAGAAGCUCCUCUAUCAAAUGCAGCUGCAACAGCAAGCGCAGCGAACGAGUAUGCAGAUGCAGCAGCUGGGCGGCGGCCAAAACAUGAUGCAAGCGCAAACAAACCCCAAUCAGACGCAAGUACAGGGGCAGCCUCGGAACAUGAUGGCCGCCAGGCAAGGGGCCCCCAACGGCCAGAUGGUCCCAGGCGGAAUGAGACCGCAGCAGGCGGGGCCUCAGCAGCCCAUGAUGCGGAUGCCUCCGCCAGAACAGUUCAUGAAGCACCUCUCGGCCUUCAUGAACUCGAAAGGCCUUCCACUCGACCUGCACCCUGUGGUCGACGGCCGCCCGAUACCCCUGUACAAUCUCUUCCAGAUUGUGUAUAACAAGGUUGGGGGAUAUCGCAACACGACACAGUCAAACAGCUGGAUUCAGGUUUCCCAAAUCAUGGGCUUCGCGCCUCACCAGAUUCCCUCGGCGGCGCCACAGCUCAAGGGCGUCUACGAGCGCAAUCUACUCAAGUUCGAGGAACUGUGGGCUGCUCAACAAAAGAUGCGACUACAGCAGCAGGGAGGAAUGGCCAAUGCCCCCGGCAUGCCGCAACAGGGGACGCCGAAAGCCAUGCCGCCGGGACAAGUCCCACCACAGAUGAUGCAGCCUGGUCAACCGACGCAAACACAGGGUCAAAUGCAAUCCCCCAUCAAGGGGCCCAUGCCACAGCAGCCCGGUAUGAACGGGCUUUCCGCCUCUGCGCAGCCUCCUCAAGGCCAACAGCCCAUUCUCUCGAGCCAAGGGCAUUCUCGCAACAGCUUGUCGAGGAGCGUGCAAGCCACGCCGACGGCUGAUGAGUUCCCGCUCGCAUCCCCGGCUCAGAGCAAGGCAGGGAUUAUGUCACUUCCCGGCGCAGCCCACCCGGAGAAUCAGGCCAUGCCAGACGACGCUGCCAGCUCGUUGAAAUUUCCUGCCCCGUUCGCGACAAACCCCGAUGAGUACAUGCCCUCUUCUCGGGAGCUCACAACAUACGGCGGCUUCGACGUGGGCGCACUCUGGAAAAUCGGCGACGAGUUGCAGCGAGCCAAAAUCGAUGUACCCCUGCCCAUCGAUUUCGGAAACGUCGACAUCCACGCCCUUACCAAAAGCAUUCAGAGCGGCAUACACGGAGAGAUCCGACUGGCACUCGACACACUGGCGUCCUUGACCUCGAGCGAUUACCAUUUUGUUAGCCCCACCCAGCCUAUUCCCAUUCCGCAGAUUGAUCUCAGGCAUUGCGACGACCUUGUCGACGCCUUGAUUGAGUGCGCCGAAGAGCAGAUGGACCUUUUGGUGGAGAAUUCCGAGGAAGCUUCAGACGAGAUCACAAUCACACCGUACGAGGAGGUUGUCCGCGCUUGUCGGGUCGACAGGCUCCGCUUGAGUAAGGUUACCGUCUUUGGAUCUCAGGAAUAUGAAUUGGACCGCGCCGUCGACCGGCUGAUCUGCAUUACAACCAUUUUGCGGAAUCUUUCCUGCCGCGAGGAGAAUCAUGGACCUCUGGCCGACGAGACCGUAAUUCAAUUUCUCUGCGUCCUGAUUAGGUAUCUGGGCACACGAGAGAUGCUCCUUCGCACCAAUCCUAACACGCUAGAUCUGAUGAAAGAUUUGGUGACUCUGUUGUCCAACAUCUCGAGUGCAGUCGAGAUACCCGGACGAGAGCAGGCCUUUUGCCUGCUGCAGUUCCUACUCGCCUUCGCACCAACACCGGGCCCGACCUUGGCAGGCGGUAGGCUCUUCUUCGCGCCUUACGAGCCUGCUCUGCACCCAUACCUCCCCCAUGCGGUAGACUCGCUCGCCAAGCUUCUCGCGCGGGACGAACCGAACAGGACGCAUUACAAGGCCAUCUUCGCCGCUGAGACUGCCGUCAUCACCUCACCACCCUGCGAACUCCUCACCCGCACUUUCGCCCUCGCGAUAUCCCCGGUCCCCGACCACAUGCGGGAACAGCGCGCCAUGAACCUCCCAUCAUUAGUCGAGGCACGCAAGCCGCUCCUCAUGCAAAGCCUCCUUUCAGCCGACAUCAUGGGGGGCUUGGCGCCCGGGCACGAAAGCGGCGUAACACGCCUCUGGCUCACAUCCGGCAACGGAUUUGCCCAGAACCUCUUCCUCCUCGCCCGCCACCUCGGCAGCCAGUUCGAGGGCCCGCCGGCCAGGACCAGCAGGGGCCAGCCGGUGGGCCAGCCGAAGCGGGAUCCGGACCUCGUCUACAUCAUUGGCCUCGCGCUCAGCCUGCUCAGGCGGCUCACUGAGAAGGCGCUGGAUCCGAGCGACCCCGCCGGGGAAAGCAGCAUCCCGCCCGAGGUGCUCCCUGCCAAGGAGAGUGUCCUGGAGGCGCUGCAGAUGCAGGCGCAGGAGUGGGCUAAGGACGGGAUAUUGGCUAACCUGGUUGAGUAUGCGAGCAUGGCGGAAAAGAGCCUUCGGCUCCGGGGGUGA